AUGGCUAAGGGCAAUCCGAUAGAGGAAAAUACCACGCUGAUGAAUGGUAACAACAAGGCAGCUGAUUACGAUGAAUCUUUCUCGCGCUUUCUUUAUAACAAAGACAGAGGAACAGUUCUUGGCAGAACGGCAAAAUCGUGGUGUCAAAUCACAAUUUUCUACAUCAUCUUUUAUUCCUGCUUAGCCGCUUUCUGGAUUGCUUGCCUUGCAAUAUUCCUCAAUACGCUCGAUCCGAAAGUGCCACGUUUCUAUGGAAAAGGCACGAUUAUCGGUAUUAAUCCUGGUGUCGGUUACCAGCCAUGGCUGAAGGAAAAUCCCGACUCAACACUCAUCAAGUACAAUAUGAGAGAUGAGAAAUCGUGGGAGCCUUAUGUGAAACAGUUGGAUGACUACCUGAAAAAGUACAACGAUAUAAACGGGACGAGGGAAUGCGGUGAAAAUGAUAACAAUAGCAAUAUUGCGGAUGAUGAUGUCUUGCCAUGCCGUUUUGAUUUGACAAAUUUCACUGCUGCUGGUUGCGGUCCGGAUAAGCAGUAUGGUUACGGCAGAGCUGGCAGUCCAUGUGUCGUUCUCUCACUGAAUCGUCUCAUCGGAUGGCAGCCGGUGGAUUAUGCGCCGGAUUCCGUGCCAGAGAACGUGAAAGGACGUUAUAGAAGCGGUUCGAUUGCGCUGUACUGUGAUGGAGCUAACAAUCCUGAUAAGGAGCAUAUCGGCCGUCUGAAGUACAUUCCAGAGUAUGGUAUUGAUGGAAGAUAUUAUCCAUACGUCUACGUGCCCAAUUACCAUCAGCCAAUUGCUAUGGUGAAGUUUGAAUCGCUGCCACGUAACAAACUUGUGCUCGUCGAAUGUCGUGCAUAUGCUCUGAAUAUUGAGCACGAUAUCACGUCACGACUUGGUCUCGUACACUUUGAGCUGUUCCUUGAAGAUAAGGUCGUCGAUACGAAACCGCAAGCGUUGUGA